GGAUCUCUGCCAAGCCUGCAGCGUUCUGUGCAUAACAUAGAGACUAUGAGAAUAUGCUCCACUGUCAACGCUGAUGAAGAAUUAUCUAGGGGUCCUCCUAUGUUUUCAAAGACAGCUCACCAUUUUCAGAUCACGAAAAAGACUGGUGUUAACUUGCCUGAAGUAGGUCAAAUAUUUGGACAGUCAACUGUAUCAACAAAAUUGAAGGGAAAAGCUUUUAGUGAUCCUUUUGGUUUUUCCACGGAGUAUGGUCUCCCUCCUCAACCUAGAUUGAAGCUGCUACCUUACAGGAGCUCUACAGAUACCGAUGGAGUGGAAGAUGUAAGAGUUGUCAAGGCUCAAGCACUCGAAUCAUCAUCUGAAACAGAUAUUAUGGACAUGGAUGCUUUCCAGGAUAACCUUCUUUCUGGUGUGGAGGUAUCCGCAUCAGAUAAGCAUGUUGAGAGUGGCAAGAAGUCACCAAAAUCUCGAUCAGCCAUCGCUUCAGGUAGAGAAGAGAACGGAGCUAGACUUCCAUACACAAAAUUACCUGACAUAAAUCAAGAGCUUCCUGAUUCAGCAGAAGAAAGGGAGACGAGCAUUUCAAGAACCCAGAGUUUGGAUGUCGAACAUCUCCUUUCCCAUGCUGAGCAUCCCACAAAUUCAAAAUCCAGUGCAUGUCCAGAAGGAUCUCAGGGACCAGAACCAAGCAGCAGGUGGGUUAAACGGCUCAAGUUGACGGCUUCUCAGCCUGUUUAUGGUACAAAAAGCUCAAAAAUGGGAGAAGCCUCUUCAUGUGAAAAGGUCAAGAAAUCUUCAAACACAAUUAUAAAGUGCAGUAUGACUAGUUCACAACCUGCCACCGGCAGAUUUCUUGGUAAAGAACAGAUGGUGCCAGAUCAAACUGCAAUGGUAUUAAGGAAUCAUGAGUCAUCUCCCAUUGACUCCACCGGGAAAGGUCGAAAUAUAACGCUCUCUCAUCCUUGGAUUCGGAGGUGGUCUAAAGUAGCAUCCCAAAAGAAGUCUGAGGCAGUGGUUGCUUUUCAAUCACAAUGUUUGAAGCCAAAAGUAGAUGAGUUUCAGAAGAAGCAGUUUCCAAGCAUUGCUGCUAUGGCACUCAUGGGAAAGGCUAUGAGUGGUUUCCAUCCAUGUGAGUUUGCAAACAAGGGGUCUUUUGUAGUUUGGAAUACCAAGGGAUUUUAAAUAGACAAGUCGUGCAACUCCGGAAACAAGAGUAUGGUAUACAAAGCAUGGGAAUAUGAUUGUCCAACUGAUGGUUAGCAUUUGCUUGGCGAGGAUAAAGAAUGCAUUGUCCAUAUUUGAGAAUCCACAAAGAUGGCUGAUUGUGGAGUUUACAGAUUAUGAAUGUCGCAUAGGUGUGUAUCCAACUUGUAAUGUUGGUUUCUUUUUUAGUUUUAAAAGUAGGUAAACAAAGGGAUCGAUUAGCGGCCCUAGUUUCUUGAGUAUGGCCUCUACAAUGGGGGAUGAGAGUGACUGUGUCAACUUCUCUUACUUCAAUUGAGUAAUUGGAAACUAAUCUGCUAGUCGUGGUUCUA